AUGUGAUACCACUCGUCAAGAUGUUUACAAUAACAUAAACAGUUUUGUUGGAAUCGAAUACAUCUGAUUAAUUAAAAGUAAGGAAAUCUCAUUCAGCAGAUUGUCAACAACUGUGAUUAAACUGUGGGACUGAUACAGAAUAUAUUAUUGAUAAUCAUGGCGUCCUCGUUAACAACGCCCACAAUUAUACUAGAAGCCAGUCCCAUCAUACAGCAGCCCAUCUCAAUAGCCAAUCAGGACUUAAAUAAUGUGUCACUUGACAGUGAUUAUUCUGAUGCUGAGGAAGACCUGACCAUGACUACAAAACAGGCAGAGAGGAGGACAACAUUACGUAAACCUUUAUUUUUCAAAAGAACAAAGUUGUCAAAACAGUCCAGUAUAGAAGGUGAGGAGGAAGAUGAGGUCGACCAAGCACUGAGUGGAAAGUCUUCACCCAAGAUUGACUUUCUAGCAGGCACUUGUAAGGCAGCAGAGCAGGCAGAGGAGUUUGUGAAAAAGGUGUGGGCAGGGGCGUGGCGAGUUGUACAUCACCACUCCCUGCCAGACUGGCUGAAAGACAAUGAUUUCCUACACACAGGCCACAGACCCCCCACCAACUCAUUCUUACAGUGCUUUAAGUCAAUAUUCAGGAUUCACACUGAGACAGGCAAUAUAUGGACACACCUGCUAGGUAUGAUAGCGUUCAUGGGUGUAGCUGGGUACUUCUUGUCUAGGCCGUCCAUUGAGGUCCAGUGGCAGGAGAAGGCGGUGUUCUCUGCAUUUUUUGUGGGUGCUAUUUUAUGCUUGGGAUUCUCCUGGCUGUUUCACACAGUAUACUGCCAUUCUGAAAGGGUUGGGAAGCUCUUUAACAAGUUGGACUACUGUGGCAUUGCCCUGCUGACCAUGGGUUCAUUUGUACCCUGGCUGUACUACAGUUUCUACUGUGAAUUGGGACCAAAGAUUGCCUACUUAGUACUUAUAUUUGUCCUUGGAACGUCCUGUAUUGUUGUGUCUUUGUGGGACAAGUUUGCCCAGCCUCAAUACCGUGCAGUCAGAGCAGGUGUGUUUAUUGGCCUUGGUUUAAGUGGGGUUAUACCAGCACUGCACUAUGUUAUCAACGAAGGAUUUUACAAUGCCAUCAAUUUUGCGGCCCUUGGAUGGUUAGUCCUCAUGGCUGUACUCUAUAUUGUGGGUGCAGUCAUUUAUGCUGUUAGGAUCCCAGAAAGACUAUUUCCUGGCAAAUUUGAUAUUUGGUUCCAGAGUCACCAGAUCUUCCACGUUUUUGUCCUUGCUGCAGCGUUUGUACAUUUCCAUGGAAUAUCCAAGAUAGCCACCUACAGGCUGACCCUUGGGGACUGUUUGGCUACUGAGUUACAAUGAGGACCAGACUUUGUGACAAUCACCCUGUCUUUUCCUGAUCAUCUGUACUCCAGGAGUUGAUGGACAAAUGACAAUAGGAGUGUGUAUUUGAAACAUUCAGUUUAGAGCACUGUGGAGCACAAUGAAAAGUCAAACAUUAUGACCAGUUAGUUUAGAGGUACUCGGUCAUGUAUUUACACUGGUCACUUUGUUGAGAUAAGUUAUGGCUUGUAUGGAUGUCUAGAUAGCGUCUGGAGUUGUUCGAUAUAGAACCUGGUCAUUUUUAAGGUGACUGGUUAAGGGUGUUACCUAAAGUUUGUUUGGUACGGAAAGUUGGAGAGUUUAUACUGUUAAGUUUGUCCCAUUUGUAAUCUCAUCAAGAAUACAAUGGAAACUAUAGAGUGUGAUAUUUAAGUUAAAAUAGUGUAUUUCACUUCUUCAGUGAUAAAAAAAUGUGAAUUUGUUAUUUUAAGUUGGGAAAGUUCAUUUUAAAACAUGUAGAUGUGAAAUUAAGGAUCAAAGACAAGUUUCUUCCAUAGGUUUAUUUUAUACCAGAACUUAAUAUAAAUUAAAAUUUUGCGUAAGAACAUUCUGCAUCAUACUGUACUCCAUUUUGAAAGAGGACAAAAUUGGGCAUUUUAUAAAUAUGCAGCGUCUGAAACAGAGAGACAUCUUGCAAAGCAGUUGACAGAUAAAAGUUAGUUGAAUGGAUUAUAGAAUAUGUUUGUAGGAUUAGGACACAAUUGCUACCAGUGUGGUCAGUCAUGAUUUCAUUUUAAGAAAUUGGAACCACAGUGACCUGUAAAUAUUUAUAAUAAAUGUAUCUAUAUAUAGACAGAGAACUGUCAUACAAACAUAUAUGGUUUGUGAAUGUACCUUGAUUUGCUAAUACAAUUGUACAUGAAUGUGUGGUGGGUAACAGUAUAUAAGGCUGUGUAAGCUAUGUACAGAAUACCUGCUUACAGCUGUUCAAGCUACAAGCCCCUGUGUUGUGUGAAGAACUGGUAUUGGGAUACCGGUAUGAAGUGCUGAUUGCGAAGCAUAAUGAUGAAAGAGGUUCUCUGACGAACGAUUAGAGAGAAGAGCAGAGAAAAUUUAACAUAUCAAUUACAUAGUGUGAAAGGUUACUGACCAUUUAUGAUGUCUGUGUGUUCAGACAAAUGUGGGUUUUAAUCAUAACAUUAUGUUGUAAUGUUUGAAUUUGGUGAUGAACAUCAAAAAUAUAAUUCUGUGAUAUAGCAAAAAAUUAUUGAAAUGAACAUAUAUUGAAAAACUUACAGAGUAUACAGAAAUUUAUUUCUACCUACAUUGUACAUAUAAAUCCAGUCAUAACGUGACUGGAAUAUGUUCUGAAGGAAGGACACGGUGGUGAAAAUACAAGUUGCCAAAAUAGAAUCUUGUUUAAGGACACAUCAGUCAAAUUAACACUAGACCUUCAUUUACUGCUAUACUGUUGUAUGUAUUAAAGUAAAUUAAAAUCUGGUUUUAAUUUGAUUAAUGUAAUGUAUGGAUGAUGAAGAUUGUUGACUUUGUGAGAGAAAGUUUGAUGUAUCUGUUGAAUGUGUUACUGCCCCUAAUGUGUCUGCUGUAUUAUUGUUAACUCGGUAUAUGAAUACACAGGUAUGUUUACCAUGUGCAGAAAUAGAAUUAUUUAUGACUGUAUGGUGAAAAAAUAAUUAUGUGAUGAUGGUGGAUGCAGUAUGUUAUGUACUUCUGUUUAUGAUUUGUGCUGUAUAAUGCUUAGAAUUUGCAUGUGUUUACAUUUGCAUUAUUUUCUUUUUAAUACAACUUUUAAAAAAAUUGAAGAUUCAAUUAUCCCGUUAUCUCAUCCAACAUAUAAUUGAUUGUUUUUUCCUUUUUCGUUUGUGAUAUUUUACAAAAUGAGCACAGUAAAAUUUUAGAGAAAAAACAUUAUUGAGCAACCAGUAGACACUAACGAUUUUAAGCACUUUACAGUACAUACAGUGUUGACAUGAUGGUUUUUUGUGACCAGACAUCAGUCAGAUUUGUCUUUCAUGCCCCAGUGUAACCAUAAACCACAGACGAUAUUAAUUAUCAUUGGUAGUUCAAAAUACACCUCUAUAUCAGUGCUAGUAGAUCCAUGUUUCACAACUGCAUGCAUUUUUUGAAAAACUGAAGAAAUACUGUAGAAUUUUACUAAUCUUGUUUUCACCCCAAACCACUUAGAUGAUAGAUAAUAUGGAAGUCUACCAUCCUUGAUACUGCACAGAUUACGAUCAAUUUCAGUCUCUGCACCCCUUGAAAUGUCAUAGCAUAAUUGAACAUUCCAUGUGCUACAUCAUGUGGACAAGAUAAAAAAAAAACUAGUUUGAUCCUUUGAUGGCUUAGAAGUUUGAUGUUACGCCUUUGUAAUCUUCAAAAAGAGCAUAUCAGCCUGUGAUUGGUCUGUUUUUUUCUCCUGGAACCAAUCAAAUUACUUGGCUUGUGCCUUCAAUGUUGCUAUGACAUGUUCCAGGGGUGCAGACAGCAAAAGUGAUGGUAACCCCUGAAGUAUCGAGGAUGGGAAGUUUACUUGAUCAUAUCAUAACGAUGCUUCAAAUUUUUUAGAUGUCAAAUAAUUUUCUACAAUAAAUUUUCUAAUUUAAACAUAAUUAGUGCUGUAUAUUCAAAGUGGUUUUCCUUACAGUAGAGUUCAUUGACAACACCUAGACAACUAUAAAUUGACUUAUUCUCGUUUGAUAAUUAGUGACAAAGUUAAUUACAAUAUACAUGUAUUUCCUUUGUUAAAUUAAUUUUGUUUGUUUUCUAUGUUUAUAUACAUGUUGCUAUUAUUUGCAGUAAUUGCACAAGUUUGAAAGAUCUUAAGUUAAGGGAAAAACUUGGUGAAUUGCAAGAGAUGAUCUGAUAUACCCAUUCCGAUUAUGUAUGUUAUUACAAAUAAAAAAAAAUGAGAAGUCA